AUGAAUCCUUCUGAAAGGGAACUAAGACAAAAAUCAUUAGCUGUGAGAUUUCCAUUUGAGCAGGUUCUGAAUGAUAGGGUUAAACUAAAGUAUGCUCCGAUUGAAUUCCAAUGGAAUAUUCAGGAAAAUCCUGAUAAAAUAACAGAGCCCCUUGCAUUCGCUCAAAUUAUGGAGAAGAAGCCUGACAUGUGGGGUUACAGACGUCAGAACGGUGGUUCAGACUUCAGACAACCGCCCAAGGUGGCGAAAGAGAGUGCGGAUGUUAUCAUUCUUGAUGACAACUUCUCCACUAUAGCCACUGUUGCUAAGUGGGGUCGAUCAGUGUACAUCAAUAUUCAGAAGUUUGUGCAGUUUCAGCUGACAGUCAAUGUGGUUGCUCUCAUUGUAAACUUCUCUUCAGCUUGCUUGAUAGGGAGUGCUCCUCUUACCGCUGUGCAAUUGCUCUGGGUCAACAUGAUCAUGGACACACUAGGCGCACUGGCAUUGGCCACAGAACCUCCAAACAAUGAGCUGAUGAAGAGAACUCCUGUUGGAAGGAAAGGAAACUUCAUCAGCAACGUCAUGUGGAGGAACAUCAUGGGACAGGCCAUCUACCAGUUCCUUGUGAUUUGGUAUCUGCAGGCUGAAGGGAAAUGGCUCUUUGCAAUCGAGGGCGACAACUCCGAUCUAGUCUUGAACACAAUCAUCUUUAACUGCUUCGUAUUCUGCCAGGUUUUCAAUGAGGUGAGCUCAAGGGAGAUGGAGAGGAUAAAUGUCUUCCAGGGCAUCCUAGACAACAAUGUCUUCGCCGCCGUCCUCGGCAGCACCGUCGUCUUCCAGUUCAUCAUAAUCCAGUUCCUCGGCAACUUCGCGAACACGACCCCUCUCACGUUCACGCAGUGGAUCGCCAGCAUCUUCAUCGGCUUCAUUGGCAUGCCGAUCGCCGUUGCGGUGAAGAUGGUGCCGGUCGAUUCUGCGUAG